UUCUCACUCCUCUCUCUCUAGCUCUCACUCUGCGUUCGUGUGAAAAUAGUGGAAAGAGUAAUCGGUUUUGUGGAUUAAUUUUUUUAAAAAUGGCAUCGGGUGGUGGUUUUGAGGAUGAUGCUGACGCAACUGUGUCGAUCAAGGAGUAUAUUGAAAGUAUGGAUGCCGAAGAGCUGGAAGCGGAUUUGGUGUUGGGUGGAGAUGAGGGAGAUGAGUGUACUUACCCAAAGGGUUACAUGAAAAGACAGGCCAUUUUCUCAUGCAUUACAUGUACUCCAGAAGGGAACGCUGGAGUUUGUACUGCCUGUUGCUUAACUUGUCAUGAUGGCCAUGAGCUUUUGGAGCUCUGGACUAAGAGGAACUUGCGGUGUGACUGUGGGAACUCCAAGUUUGGAACUUUAGCGUGUAAGCUUCUCCCGGGGAAAGAUGUAGAGAACACUGAGAAUUCUUACAACCAUAACUUCAAAGGCUUGUACUGCGUUUGCGACCAACCUUACCCUGACCCAAAUGUGGAGGAACAAGUGGAUAUGAUACAGUGUUGUAUCUGUGAGGAUUGGUUUCACGAGGAGCAUUUCGGUUACAAAUCUUCGGAUGGUGUUAGUAGCCAGAUUCCAAGGAAUGAGGAAGGAGAGCCUGCGUAUGAGGAUUUCAUUUGUCUAAACUGCUCUCCAGUUUGUUCGUUUCUCACUCUUUAUCCCGAGAAACUGUGGGAUGCCGCUAAAAUUGAUUCCAAUGGUUCUGCUAAUACUUGUUCAGACACUGCCGGGUUAAACCAAACCCCCACAGCUUCUGAACCCGUCAAGCCUGAGAACGGUACUGAAGCUGAAAAAUCUGUUUUGAAAGGAUGCUCUGAGAAGCUUACCGAAUCUGAACCCUAUCCUGCGUCUGGUUGUGCUAUUGCGAAUGGUCUAACCUCGUGUCCUGAGUUUGAGAAGAAACCGCUGUUCUUGAUCAAAGCCUGGAGGAACAUGUUAUGCAAAUGCGAGAAGUGCCUUGAGAUGUACAGCGAGAGAAAGGUAAGCUAUCUACUUGAUGCAGAGGACACGAUUGCUGAAUACGAGAAUAAGGCAAAGGAGAAAAGAACAGAGAAACUGGAGAAACAGGAAGGUGAAGCACUUGAUCUUCUGAACAAUCUCGGCCAUGUAGCUAAAGUUGAGAUCUUUCACGGCAUCAAAGACUUCAAAGAAGAGUUCCGGAGUUUACUGGAGUCUGCUGGUACUUCAAGGGCGAUAACGUCUGAAGAUGUUGAGGAGAUGUUCUCAAAGCUGAAAAAUAAACGCAAAAGGAUGGAGUGAGUUUAAGUAGUCAAUGAUGAGAGGAGGUAUGAGUUAUAAAUGUAUUAGAGUCGUUUAUUUCCACAUCUCAUGUGAACUUUCUUUAGGUAUGUUUGUUUCGUUGGUUUCAAAUGAAGAGUGAGGAGGUUCCUCUGCUCCUUAGACUGUCUUUAGCUCCUAAAGUUAUGCAAAAACAACUUUGUACUUCAGUGUAUGGAGGUUGAAGCUUUUGUGUAACACCAGACUAUUAUCUACAAUAUAAACUACUAGUUC